AUGUACCGGCUAAUCGUAUACUUUAGUGCACAAAACGUUGGACAAUCGAUCGUGUUGAACAGUGUUUUAAAUGUAAGGUGUUUAGAAUAUCGUAUGCCCGACCAAACACAUAUGUGGUCGAUGACUGCAAAAUGCAUUCCGUGCGACGAAACACACCUGUCAACCGCUCGAGAAUGUCGGAUAAAUCAAGAGCAUCGGAGACAAUUGAACGUGGCAGCGAAAGAGGCCAUAAAAGAAGGACGAUUACAAGCAACUUGUGUGAACAAUAGAAUCACCGGUCAUCCGAAAAAACAUUUUUACUUAAAUGAAAACAAUCCUUGGACGAACAAUAAGAUUAAGGUUAGUCAACAGAACUCGGAUGAUUUACUGGGAUUUAUUCUUAAUGAAAUGAAAAAAUUAAAUGAUCAAAUUGAUAAUAAAAUGAAUGAUCUAGGAAAAGUAAUUAUGGAUUUUUUACCAGCAGUUACAUUACUAUUAGAAAGAUUGUAUCAGUCAAAUGGUAAGAAAGAAAUUAAACAACAGCAAAUAAGUGAUUAUACAGAAAAAUUCAAAAUGAUCAUGCAACCAAUAGUAGUGAUAACAAAAUCCUUCACUGAACGGAACCAACGAAGUCGAGACUUUGGCAUCAAUAUCAGUAACUGUACGGCUGUUAUAACCAGUAUAGGCAACAUUAAUAGUAUCGAGAACAUCUUAGCGCCAGAAAUAACAGAUCCAGGUGAAUCUUUUUGA